AUGCAGACCAAAACCUUCUAUUUGUACCAUUUCAGGCUAGGCCAGCAGCAACAGCACCGUGCCACCAACAUGAGCGCACUGUGUCAACGGCUCCCAGACUCGACACAACAACCGACACUCCGUCGAGCAUCAGGACUUUUACUUGGUCGCGAUGGAAGCCGCCGUCUGGAGGCUCAGCGUCACCGGAUUCGUCUCGCCUGCGAGGGCGGAGCAGGACGAGGGAAGGGCGGUGAUGCAGUUGUUCAGGAGCGCGUCCUCCACGCACUGAACAAUGUCGGCGCCCUGCGUGAAGAUGGUGAUGGCCGACGUCAGGAGGCACUGCGCCGUCUGUCCCAAACCAAACACGCCGAGGGCGGCGGCGCAGAGGGGAACGUCGACGACGAGGAGCAGGCCGUUGACUGUCUCGAGAUCUCUGCAGGCGUCCGGAAGAACCGAAACGCAAACCGGUUCGUCGGGAUUGCCGUCGUGCUGCUCGCCGACGUGAUGGGACCGGUGCUGCUGCUGGCGGCCGACGUGCUCGCUGCCGAGCUGGUUGCAGCUGAAGUGCUGGCAGCUGAAGUGCUGGCAGCUGAAGUGCUGGCAGCUGAAGUGCUGGCAGCUGAAGAGCUGGCAGCUGAAGUGCUGGCAGCUGAAGUUGUAGUAGCUGAAGUGCUGGCUGCUGAAGAACUAACUUCUGACGUGCUGGCAGCUGAAGAGCUGGCAGCUGAAGUUGUAGCAGCUGAAGUACUGGCAGCUGAAGUUGUAGCAGCUGAAGUGCUGGCAGCUGAAGUGCUGGCAGCUGAAGUGCUGGCAGCUGAAGUGCUGGCAGCUGAAGUUGUGGCAGCUGAAGUUGUAGCAGCUGAAGUUGUAGCAGCUGAAGUUGUAGCAGCUGAAGUUGUAGCAGCUGAAGUUGUAGCAGCUGAAGUGCUGGCAGCUGAAGAACUAACUUCUGACGUGCUGGCAGCUGAAGAACUGGCAGCUGAAGUACUGGCAGCUGAAGUUGUAGCAGCUGAAGUUGUAGCAGCUGAAGUUGUAGCAGCUGAAGUGCUGGCAGCUGAAGAACUAACUUCUGACGUGCUGGCAGCUGAAGUACUGGCAGCUGAAGUUGUAGCAGCUGAAGUGCUGGCAGCUGAAGUGCUGGCUGCUGAAGAACUAACUUCUGACGUGCUGGCAGCCGAAGUGCUGGCAGCUGAAGUUGUGGCUGCUGAAGUGCUGGCAGCUGAAGUGCUGGCUGCUGAAGAACUAACUUCUGACGUGCUGGCAGCUGAAGUACUGGCAGCUGAAGUUGUGGCAGCUGAAGUUGUAGCAGCUGAAGUUGUGGCAGCUGAAGUUGUGGCAGCUGAAGUGCUGGCUGCUGAAGAACUAACUUCUGACGUGCUGGCAGCUGAAGUGCUGGCAGCUGAAGUUGUGGCAGCUGAAGUUGUAGCAGCUGAAGUUGUAGCAGCUGAAGUUGUAGCAGCUGAAGUUGUGGCAGCUGAAGUGCUGGCUGCUGAAGAACUAACUUCUGACGUGCUGGCAGCUGAAGUGCUGGCAGCUGAAGUUGUAGCAGCUGAAGUACUGGCUGCUGAAGUUGUGGCAGCUGAAGUUGUGGCAGCUGAAGUUGUAGCAGCUGAAGUUGUAGCAGCUGAAGUGCUGGUAGCUGAAGUGCUGGCUGCUGAAGUGCUGGCUGCCGAGGUACUGGCUUCCGAGCUACUAGCUGCUGAUGUAGAAGCUUCCGAAGUGCUCGCCGCCGAGGUACUCGCUUCCGAGCUGCUGGAAGCCGAUGAGGUAGAUGCUGAUGUGCUGGCAGCUGAAGUGCUCGCCAAAGUAGUGCUGGCGCCCGAGCUACUGGCAGCCGACGUGCUGGCUACUGACGUGCUGGCAGCCGAUGUACCAGAAGCCGAUGUGCUUGCUGCUGAAGAGCUACCUUCUGAUGUGCUGGCUGUUGAUGUGCUGACUGCCGAGGUACUGGCUUCCGAGCUACUAGCUGCUGAUGUAGAAGCUUCCGAAGUGCUCGCCGCCGAGCUGCUGGCUGCCGAUGUACUAGCAGCUGACGUGCUUGGUGCUGAGGAACUGGCCUCUGAACUGCUGGCAGCUGAUGUAUUGGCCACUGACGUACUGGUAGCUGAAGUAGCCCCAGAGGUGUUGGCUGACGAAGCCGUUGAAGUGCUAGCUGCUGAAGUGCUUCCCGCCGAAGUACUUGCAUUCAAGCUGCUAGCGGCUGAAGUAGCCCCUGAGGAACUGGCUGGAGACGUUGCUGCUGAAGUGGCUGCUGAACUAGCUUCUGAAGAAGCUCCUGAUGUGCUGGUUGAGGAAGCCCCUGAUGUGCUGGCUGAAGAAGCUCCCGAUGUGCUGGCUGCCGAGGUGGCCCCUGAAGUAUUAACUGAAGAAGCUCCUGAUGUGUUGGAUGACGAAGCCCCUGAUGUGCUGGCUGAAGAAGCUCCCGAUGUGCUGGCUGAAGAAGCUCCCGAUGUGCUGGCUGAAGAAGCCCCUGAUGUGCUGGCUGAAGAAGCUCCUGAUGUGUUGGAUGACGAAGCCCCUGAUGUGCUUGCCGCUGAUGUAGCCCCAGAGGCACUACUUGAAGAAGCCCCUGAAGUACUGGCGGCUGAAGUAGCCCCUGAAGUACUGGCGGCUGAAGUAGCCCCAGAGGCACUACUUGAAGAAGCCCCUGAAGUACUGGCGGCUGAAGUAGCCCCGGAAGUAUUGACUGAGGUAGCUCCCGAGGUACUAGCUGCUGAGGUGGCCCCUGAAGUGUUGACCGAAGAAGCUCCUGAAGUGUUCGCUGAAGCUGAAGAAGCCCCCGAGGUGCUGGCUGCCGAGGUGGCCCCCGAACUGCUGACUGAAGAAGCUCCAGAACUGGUGGCGGCUGAAGUAAUACCUGAAGAGCUAGCUGAAGUAGUCCCGGAGGUGUUGGCUGAAGUAGCUCCCGAGGUACUAGCUGCUGAGGUGGCCCCUGAAGUGUUAACUGAAGAAGCUCCUGAUGUGUUUGCUGAAGAAGCCCCUGAGGUGCUAGCUGCCGAGGUGGCCCCCGAACUGCUGACUGAGGAAGCUCCAGAACUGGUGGCGGCUGAAGUAAUACCUGAAGAGCUAGCUGAAGUAGCCCCGGAGGUGUUGGCUGAAGUAGCUCCCGAGGUACUAGCUGCUGAGGUGGCCCCUGAAGUGUUAACUGAAGAAGCUCCUGAUGUGUUUGCUGAAGAAGCCCCUGAGGUGCUGGCUGCCGAGGUGGCCCCCGAACUGCUGACUGAAGAAGCUCCAGAACUGGUGGCGGCUGAAGUAAUACCUGAAGAGCUAGCUGAAGUAGCCCCGGAGGUGUUGGCUGAAGUUGCUCCCGAGGUACUAGCUGCUGAGGUGGCCCCUGAAGUGUUGGAAGAAGAAGCUCCGGAACUGCUGGCGGCUGAAGUAGCCCCGGAAGUGUUGACUGAAGAAGCUCCUGAAGUAUUUGCUGAAGAAGCCCCCGAGGUGCUGGCUGCAGAGGUGGCUCCCGAACUGCUGACUGAGGAGGCUCCAGAGCUGGUGGCGGCUGAAGUAGCCCUGGAGGUGUUGGCUGAAGUAGCUCCCGAGGUACUAGCUGCUGAGGUGGCCCCUGAAGUGUUGACUGAAGAAGCUCCUGAAGUGUUCGCUGAAGAAGCCCCCGAGGUGCUGGCUGCCGAGGUGCCCCCCGAACUGCUGACUGAGGAGGCUCCAGAACUGGUGGCGGCUGAAGUAGCCCCGGAAGUGUUUGCUGAAGUAGCUGCCGAGGUACUAGCUGCCGAGGUGGCCCUUGAAGUGUUGGUUGAAGACCCCCCCGAGGUGCUGGCUGCCGAGGUGGCCCCUGAAGUGUUGGUUGAAGACCCCCCCGAGGUGCUGGCUGCCGAGGUGGCCCCUGAAGUGUUGGUUGAAGACCCCCCCGAGGUGCUGGCUGCCGAGGUGGCCCCCAAACUGCUGGCUGAAGAAGCUCUGGAACUGGUGGCGGCUGAAGUAGCCCCGGAAGUGUUUGCUGAAGUAGCUCCCGAGGUACUAGCUGCUGAAGUGGCCCCCGAACUGCUGACUGAAGAAGCUCCAGAACUGGUGGCGGCUGAAGUAGCCCCGGAAGUGUUGGCUGAAGUAGCUCCCGAGGUACUGUCUGCCGAGGUUGCCCCCGAAAUACUGGUUGAAGUAGCUCCCGAGGUAUUAACUGCUGAGGUAACCCCUGAAGUGCUGGCUGAAGUAGCUGCUGAAGUAUUGGUUGAAGUAGCCCUCGAGGUACUAGCUGCCGAGGUGGCCCCUGAAGUGGUGGAUGAAGAAGCUCCCGAGCUGCUAGCGGCUGAACUAAUACCUGAAGUACUGGCGGCUGAAGAAGCUCCCGAGGUAGUAGCUGCUGAGGUGGCACCUGGAGUGUUGGUUGAAGAAGCUCCUGAAGUCUUGGCUGAAGUGGCCCCCGAGGUGCUGGCUGAAGAAGCUCCAGAACUGCUAGCGGCUGAACUAAUACCUGGAGUACUGGCUGAAGUAGCCCCAGAAGUGUUGGCUGAAGUAGCUCCCGAAGUACUAACUGCUGAGGUGGCCCCUGAAGUAUUGACUGAAGAAGCUCCUGAAGUAUUUGCUGAAGAAGCCCCUGAGGUGCUGGCUGCAGAGGUGGCCCCCGAACUGCUAACUGAAGAAGCUCCAGAACUACUGGCGGCUGAAGUAAUACUAGAACUGCUGGCCGAAGUAGCCCCGGAAGUGUUGGCUGAAGUGACUCCCGAGGUACUAGCUGCUGAGGUGGCCCCUGAAGUAUUAACUGAAGAAGCUCCUGAUGUGUUUGCUGAAGAAGCCCCCGAGGUGCUGGCUGCCGAGGUGGCCUCCGAACUGCUGACUGAAGAAGCUCCAGAACUGGUGGUGGCUGAAGUAAUACCUGAAGAGCUAGCUGAAGUAGGCUCAGAAGUUGAAGAAGCUCCUGAGGUGCUUGCCGCUGAUGUAGCCCCAGAGGCACUACCUGAAGAAGCUCCCGAACUACUGGCGGCUGAACUAAUACUAGAAGCGCUAGUUGAAAUUGCACUGGAAGUAUUGUCUGACGUAGCUCCAGAAGUGCUGGCUGAAGAAGCUCCUGAAGUGCCAGCUGCUGAUGUAGCGCCAGUGGUGUUGGCUGAAGAAGUUCCUGCCGUACUAGCGGCUGAGGUGGCUCCAGAAGUGUUGGCCGAGGUAGCCCCUGCUGUACUUGCGGCUGAUGUAGCUCCAGAAGUGCUGGCAGAUGCAGCGCCAGAAGUGUUGGUAGAUGUAGCCCCAGAGGUGUUCGCUGAAAUAGCUCCUGAGGUGGCAGCCGCUGAUGUUGCCCCAGAAGUGUUGGCUGAAGUAGGCCCAGAAGUGCUAGUUAAUGAAGCACCUGAGGUACUAGCUGCUGAGGUGCCUCCUGAAGUGUUGGCUGAUGUAGCCCCAGAAGUGUUUCCUGAAGAAGCUCCUGCUGUAGUUGCGACUGAUGUAGCCCCAGAAGUAUUAGCUGAUGGAGCUCCAGAAGCGCUGGCUGAAGAAGCUCCCGAGGUGCUAGCCGCUGAUGUAGCCCCAGAAGUGCUUGCUGAUGUAGCUCUAGAAUUGCUGGCUGAAGAAGCUCCUGAGGUGCUAGCCGCUGAUGUUGACCCAGCAGUGUUAGCUGAUGUAGCUCCAGAGGUAUUCGGUGAAGUAACUACAGAAGUGCUGGCUGAAGAAGCUCCUGAGAUACUGGCUGUUGCGGUGGCUCCUGAAGUGUUGGCUGAUGUAGCCCCCGAAGUAUUACCUGAUGUAGCUCCAGAGGUGUUGGUUGAAGAACCCCUUGAGGUACUAGCCGCUGAUGUAGCCCCCGAGGUGCUGGCGGCUGAUGUUGUACCGGAGUUAUUGGAUUGA